UUUUCACCUAGAUGGAGGAUGAAAUCAAAAUGAGGAGGUUGUUACCUUCGCUUAAGCCGCCAAGAGACACCCCCACCCGCCGAGGAUCGCUAUUGAUGUCUACCCUUCACCUUCGUUUCCUGCCUGCUUCAAUUUGAAGAAAUUGAAGGAAUUAGAAGCUAUUCAUCUAUCGAUUGUAUAAGAUGUAUGGGAUUUGAGAUCUUGAUGUGGCUAGGUAGGAGUUUUUGUUGGUCCACCACAUGUUCGAUGAAAUGCUUAACAAACAAUACUGGGUUAAACCAGAUGACAAUGAAUCCAAUCUCAACUAUUGACUUAAGAUCUAUCCACAUGAUGGAAACUGGAAAGGGGUUGUUGGUGACAAUCAAUUAUACGAGGGCAUUACCGAAUCAUCAUUAUAAUAAAAGAGUGAAGCAGGUCGUACUAGACAGAAUGAAGAAGGGUAAUAUUCUUCACAUGUAAUCCUGCAAAUUGAUCAGACCUAGACAACCAAAAAAGGCACGGAAGCUUUAAUUUUAUUCUUUUACAAUGAUAUUGUUCUCUAAGAAUGAAAUCGAAUUUUAUUCUUUAAUUUUUUUUCAUAUCAGAAUGCAAACACGUGUUCAUUCUAUGAGAAUAUAAAUAUUACAUAAAACA